GGUAGGCGCGCGGCUGCGGCCGGCGGGGUUUCCCAGCACGCGGGCGCCCCGCUCCGGGCGCGGAGGCCCCGCUAAGUUUCGCUUUCCAUUCAGAGGAAAACGAAAGCUGGGCGGGGCGCAGCCGGGCGCGGGCCAGGCGGAGGCGGCGCGGCGCGGAACGGCGGCAGCAGCUCGGUCCCCGGCGCAGUCCGGCGAGGAGCGCGGCAGCAGAGGCUGGACGCCUGCGUGGCGCUGGAGCGAUCCCAUUGUGCCUGGCCCGCUCCCAUGAGCUCUUCCUGGAAGUGAGGUGGUGCCGUCCUGAACAUCGGCCCGGCAGCUGCGGCCUGGGGUUUUGGAGUGAUCACGAAUGGGCAAAGCGUUUGGGCUCCUGGGACAAAGCUGUCAGUCAAACCUGGCUGAGUCUCCGUGGUCCCCAGCAGAUCCUGUUGGAAAGAAGGAAGCAGACAGCAACAUGAAGAGGAAGGGAGAGCAGCCCGGAGCACGUCCUGGGGCCUGGGAAUACCCUCAUGGCCUGGUUGGUUUACACAACAUUGGACAGACCUGCUGCCUUAACUCCUUAAUUCAGGUGUUUGUGAUGAACGUGGACUUCACCAGGAUAUUGAAGAGGAUCACAGUGCCCAGGGGAGCUGACGAGCAGAGGAGAAGUGUCCCUUUCCAGCUGCUUCUGCUGUUGGAGAAGAUGCAGGACAGCCGGCAGAAAGCAGUGCGGCCCCUGGAGCUGGCCUACUGCCUGCAGAAGUACAACGUGCCCCUGUUUGUCCAGCAUGAUGCUGCCCAACUCUACCUCAAAAUCUGGAACCUGAUUAAGGACCAGAUCGCUGAUGUGGACUUGGUGGGGAGGCUGCAGGCCUUGUAUAUGAUCCGGAUGAAGGACUCUUUGAUCUGCCUCAACUGUGCCGUGGAGAGAAGCAGAAACAGCAGCAUGCUGACCCUCCCACUUUCUCUUUUCGAUGUGGACUCGAAGCCCCUGAAGACCUUGGAGGACGCCCUGCACUUCUUCUUCCAGCCCAGGGAGUUAUCGAGCAAAAGCACGUGCUUCUGUGACAACUGUGGGAAGAAGACUCGUGGGAAACAGGUCUUGAAGCUGACCCAUUUGCCCCAGACCCUGACCAUCCACCUCAUGCGAUUCUCCAUCAGGAAUUCACAGACGAGAAAGGUCUGCCACUCCCUGUACUUCCCCCAGAGCCUGGAUUUCAGCCACGUGCUUCCAAUGCAGGGAGAGAUCCGUGACGCUGAGGAGCAGCCUGGAGGGCAGUAUGAGCUCUUCGCUGUGGUUGCACACGUGGGAAUGGCGGACUCCGGUCAUUACUGUGCCUACAUCCGGAAUGCUGUGGACGGAAAAUGGUUCUGCUUCAAUGACUCCAAUAUUUGCUCGGCAGGAAACUGCGUAUCUUCUGGUUUACAUGAAGGCGGAAUGCUAAUGGAUGUGCCCAAAACCUUCAGAGAUGGACACACUGUCAUUUUCCACUUCCAUCCUGGAUCUAUGGAGCCUUCUAAGGGAUUUCACAAUGAGGAGAAGAAUCGUUUUCCAACUAUAUAAUUGAGCCUUAUUUAUAAUCAGGGAUAUUAUCAAAAUAUUUAACGCGGAAACCCUGAAUGACCUGAUCAGUCAGGAUGGACGCUUUCACCAGCGGACCCGGCCAUGUGGCUGCUGGGUCUUGGGUGCUCUCUGCUGUGGUCAGCCCUUUAGUUAGGAGCCUGUGGGAGGUCCAGGUGCUCCAGGGAGGAGAGCAGUGGCAGUGGGGGGCAUCUGGAUGCUAAGGGUCAGUGGCAGUGGGUAUUUCAGUAUUUCACAACUGCUGUGCCCAGACUUGUGUGUACCGGCUGAAUAUCAGUGCUGUUUGUAAUUUCUCAGUUUUAGAACCAGUAUUAAUCCAUAUAAAUCAAGCAUUUUGUAACUGUUU